CCAGUCACAGCACGGUCUGUCACUCAGCCCCGCCCUCUCCCCGGUACAGCGUUGUCCUCUCUCUCCGGUCGCCGCCGGUCACUCCCCCUAACAUCAUCAUUACUGCUGCUGCUGGCGGUAGGAACAUCACAGACGGGGGCGUGUAGGGCGAGCGUUGCCCGGCUGCAGCACGGAGCUCGCGCUGAAACCGCCACCGUGCGCACCAGUAGCUAACGGGCAGCAGCGGCACACCCGGUGCCCGUUACUGAUGUGUCCCCGGCGGCCGAGGACGAGCAGCGGGCACCAUGAGACGGAGAGCUACUAACAAGAGCACCAGGAAGCGGCCCCUGAGCGGCCGGAGGAAGCACCGAGACGAGGAAUGGGACGGAGAGGGGAACGCUGCGGAGGGGGGCGUCGGCACCGCUAUCACAGAUAGUCUUUACUUUGCCAUCCUCUGCUGCAAACCAAAGUCAACUCCAAGCACGUAUUAUUUCUCCAUCGAUGAUGAACUUGUAUAUGAAAACUUCUAUGCGGACUUCGGACCCCUUAAUCUAGGCAUGCUGUACAAAUACUGCCUUAACGUAAAUAGAAAACUGAAGUCGUUUUGUUCAGCGAAGAAGAAAAUCGUUCAUUACACCAGCAAUGACCCCAAGAAACAAGCCAAUGCUGCCUUUUUAAUAGGAUGUUAUGCUAUACUGUAUUUAAAGAAAGUCCCUGAAGAAAUGUACCUAACCUUACAAAUGGAAAAUGGGACCUACCUUCCAUUUAGGGACGCGUCGUUUGGUACCUGUACUUUUCAUUUAACGCUUCUUGAAUGUUUCUAUGCUGUCCAGAAGGCUUUGCAGUAUGCAUUCUUUGAUUUUAGAACCUUUCAUCUGGAAGAGUACCAACAUUAUGAGAGAGCUGAGAAUGGUGAUUUAAACUGGAUAAUUGCAAAUAAAUUUCUAGCUUUCAGUGGACCUCAUCACAAGAGUAAAAUUGAAAAUGGUUACCCUCAUCAUGCUCCUGAAGCCUAUUUCCCUUACUUCCGAGAACAUGAUGUUUCUACUAUAAUUCGCCUAAACAAGAAGAUGUACGAUGCAAAGAAGUUCACAGAUGCUGGUUUUGAUCACCAUGAUCUAUUCUUUGUUGAUGGAGGUACUCCAAGUGAUGCCAUUGUUAGGAAGUUCCUGAACAUCUGUGAAAAUGCAGAAGGCGCUGUAGCGGUACACUGCAAAGCUGGUCUAGGUCGGACAGGUACGCUAAUAGCAUGCUACAUUAUGAAGCAUUACAGACUGACUGCAGCAGAAGCCAUUGCUUGGAUUCGAAUAUGCAGACCUGGCUCAGUGAUUGGACCUCAACAGCAUUUCCUGGUUGAUAAGCAAACAAGUCUUUGGAAUGAAGGAGACCUAUACCAUAAGAAGCUCAGAGAGAAUGAAAACAGCAGCAAAGUAUCCGUGACAUUCAUCCUUUCUGGGGUGGAUGAUAUUUCUCUUCAUGAUGAUCUGGGCAAAGCUUCUGGCAAAGAAGACACUGAACUGUACAGUGAUGAAGAUGCUGAUGAUGAAGGAUGCAACGUGACGCAAGGUGAUAAGCUCCGUGUCUUGAAGAGUAGAAAGCAGGGAAGAAUAUCUUCUGCAGCGCCACUUUCAGUAAUAUUGCAGACCAGUGUGCAGAACCCCAGGUCAGAUUUAACUGACAUUUCAUGCAGUACUAAAAGGACCACCAGGUCUUCCUCAGGAACCAGCACAUUGAGAGGCGUGAUUCCUGAGCGGAAGAAAAGGAUUGCUUUGCACCAAAUGCGCUUAAUGAAAUUAUGCCACACAAUUCCACGGACUCGGACAGUGAUGCGAUAAAUAGAUCGUGACCGGCUGGAGCAGAAACUAGCCUUUGGAAAAAGAUUAUGGAGAAAUCUAAAUAGAAGAAAAUGGACAUCUCAAUGAACAUACAGAAUAUUAAACCUCAAUUUGCCUUUUAUUUCCCCAAAAAGCAAAGUGUUCCAUUGUCUAGUCUUUACUUCCCCACCGCAAGCAAGAGGAAUAACCAGAUUACAUUGCUAACUUGGUACUCCAGCGGCUGUGGCAUGUCUUCAGCAUGCAGUAGAUCGCUAUCUGCAUGGCAUAUACAUUGUGAUGGCAAUCCGUUCAUGUGCUAAAACUGGAUCCAAACACUACCACUUCCUAUAAUAAUCUACAUGUGAUGAAGAUGGAUUUUAUGUGGCACAUUCCAUUCCUAUUGAACUGAAUUUUCCUUGUUCUAAAAGGAGACUCUGUAUAUAAUAUGUAACUCGAUCAUGAUACCAAAGGAUUUUUCAUAAUUGAGCUAAAAAAAAAACAAA